AUUUUCAGAUCAGAUCGAAAGCGAGAGAAAAGAGAAACAUGGACAUUAUUGUGUUGUUUAUUGUUCUACUGGCUGUACCGAAAGCAGAUGGGAAAUGCCAACCGUUGUUAAUGUGUCCGUCGUUUUGCAUGACUGUUAAAGAUGGAUGCUAUGCAUGUGAUUGUGGAAGUUUCAGCAGUUUCAUGCAGCAUGCAACGCUCAACAUGGAUCAAAUAGAAAAGGGUCAAGGGUCACAGACCGGGACUCAGCUAAGCACAUACACUUCCGGCUAUUCCGGCACGGACAUGGGGUUGAGUAGACUGCUUUCUCCUCAGACGGGAGUUGAGAGCAUGAUAAGGCCUGGGUAG